UUUAUGUCCAAAACGCAAAUAUUAUUCUCUGUCUCCAUUGAAUCUUGUUCUCUCUAUCACCGCAAUGGAGACUCCUUCAUCCACAGCAAGAAGAAUCACAAGAUCCCAAACCGCCUCCAACAACAUCCCCGUUUCAAGAAAGAAGAACGAGGAGUGCUCAGGAAAAAAGAGCGUUUCGAAAACGCGGCAGAGAAGCAGCGUGCAACAACAGCAGGAUAAUCGGUGUGCGCUGGUGGACAUAUCGAACGAUUCGCCGAUCGUGGGGCUGGCGAACGGUAAGGACAUGAUCGAGACGCCUUUGUCAUCGACGGCGAAGAAGAAGACAACGAUGACGCCAGGUUCCGGGGAGGCUCUAUUGAGGGGCCAGGUGAAGACCCUCUUGCAGAGAGUGGAGGAAGAGGCUGUCAUUUCCAAACUAUCAAUGGAAAUUGUUGCACCCUUUCUCAAACUUGCCAAUUCUUCUUCUGUUUCUCCAAUGUCGCUUCUUGCUCCCACUCCCGCAAACACCCCACAAGUCCCCAAUCUUUCUGAGGUGUCUCCACCUUCUUGUGUGCUUGAAGAACAAUUGUUGAUCUCUCGGGCGAUGAAUGAAAUACUUGAAGGAAAGAACAACGAGAAUGCUGAAUGUGAGAAGAGUGUGAUAACCAGGUCCUUGCUGUUGGAUUUCUCGGACAAAUCCGAGGUAUCAGAAUGCUCUUCUGAGGUGACUUAUCAGGAAGUGACACAAGGAAGUGUUGGUAGCGGGUCCAGCGAGGAUGAUGGUGCUUCCAUUUGGUCGAUUCAGGUGAAUGCGAGCACACAUGACGAAGAUGAGGACGAUGAGGAAAUGGGUGAAGAAGAAGAGGAUUAUUACGAGGAUGACGGUGAUGAUGAUGAGUGUUAUGUUGAUGGUGUAGGGUUGUCACUUGAUGAGCUAUGUGCUGGGAUGAACAACAUUAGCGUGAAUGAGAACAAGAACAAGGGUUGUGGGAAGCACACGAGGUUUGUGUACGACAGUGAGGAUGAUGAGAUUGUGGAGAAAGUAGUGGAAUGUUGUGCUGAGUCUGAUGUGAUGCGUUUGAAGGGGUUGCCUACACCCAAAGGAAAGCACCUUCGUUUUCCUGAGGAGGAAGAAAAUUCUGACUUGUGAUUUUGAUGCUGUGAGUGUUGUUUGCUUUUGGUUGUCUUUCUUGACACCAAUGUUUUGGGUUGGGCCAUUGGUUAAUGAUUGCUGUGAUUGAUUGGAAGCUAAUUGCUGCUCCAAUAAACCAUUGUUAUUUUUCAUUAUCAAUCAAUAAUAAAACAUUGCUGCUGAAUUAAACAUAA